CAGAACCAGAACAUCACCAAUACAGAAAUUAUAUGGACGGCCCCCCUUGUGAACAGAGUGAAAUUGACCUACACACUUAUGCACACAUACCAAACGGUGGAUUUUGUAAAAGAAAAGCAUGCCUUGUGGGGUUCAUGCAACCACAAGAAGAUGACUGUGAUGGAAGCACUCAGUUUGCUGGAUAAUCUGGUGGACGAAUCUGACCCUGAUGUGGAUUUUCCAAACUCUUUUCAUGCAUAUCAAACAGCAGAGGGCAUCCGCAUGGCUCAUCCUGACAAAGACUGGUUCCAGUUGGUUGGUUUGUUACAUGAUAUCGGGAAGCUUAUGGCCCUGGAUAAUGAGCCACAGUGGGCUGUUGUUGGAGAUACUUUUCCAGUUGGCUGUAAAUUUCAGAAAUCCAUUGUGUAUAGUGACACAACCUUUAAAGACAAUCCAGACACAAGACACUCCGUGUACAGCACUCAGUAUGGGAUGUAUGAGCCUAACUGCGGUUUGGAGAAUGUCCUCAUGUCCUGGGGCCAUGAUGAAUACCUGUAUAAAGUCCUGAAGUUUAACCAAUGUACCAUUCCAGAAGAGGGAAUGUACAUGAUCAGAUUCCAUUCCUUUUAUCCCUGGCACACAGGAGGGGAUUACCAGCAUCUCUGCAAUGAGAAAGACCAAAACAUGCUGCCUUGGGUUAGAGAGUUCAAUAAGUUUGACCUCUACACAAAGACUGAUGAAAUGCCGGAUGUGGAGAUCCUUCAACCAUAUUAUCAAAACAUAAUUGACAAGUACUGCCCUCGGGUGCUGUGCUGGUGA